UUCCAGUUUCAUAGAGCGCUAAACGGAUCAGGGUGACGGCGCAUUCCUGUGUAGGCGCGGCAGACCUUCCACAGCGGAUUGACCGGGAGAAAGACGCUGAAACCCGGCAUCAGCUGGAGGGAAUGACGGCAGGUGAUCGCGGGUAGCCGGCAGGAGUAGAGAGGAGAAGUCAGGGGAAGACUGGGUGGGAAAUGGAUUGCUUAAAGCAGUCGGAGCCUGUACCUGUACCAUCUCCAGGAAGUUUGGAGCUCUGAUUGGAGGUGGAUUUUCUAAGUUUUGUCCAUGGCGGGGUGCUGUGGCUGGAUCUACCGCACCUGCGUGUGCUGUCUGUCUGAGGAUGAGAAGACCGCCAUCGCUGUGGACAAAGAGAUCAAGAGGAUCCUCAGGCAGCAGAAGAAGAAGGAGAGAAGAGAGAUUAAAAUCCUGCUGCUCGGAACUGGAGAAAGUGGAAAAACCACCUUCCUCCGACAGAUGAAGAUCAUCCAUGGUCGAGGCUUCUCUGAAGAGGAGAGGAAAUCCUUUGUUAAGUGUAUCUACCAGAACAUCUUCACUGCCAUCAAAGCCAUGACCGGAGCCAUGACCACACUCAGAAUCCCUUACACCAGCCCUGAGAAUGAGAGUAGCGCCAGAUUGCUGCAGGAUGUGAACACAAUGCAGAUCGUCCACCUGGAGAGGAGAAACGUGGAUGCCAUCCGCCGCCUCUGGUCAGAUCAAGGAAUACGGAUCUGUUACAGCCGCCGCUGCGAGUAUCAGCUCCUGGACUCCACCGAGUACUACCUGAACAACUUGGAGCGGAUCUCGGCCCCCGAUUACAUCCCUACGGAGCAGGACGUGCUGCGUGUUCGGUUUCCCACUACGGGCAUCCACGACUACUCCUUCACCAUCAAGAACAUCACGCUAAGGAUUGUGGAUGUUGGUGGUCAGAAAUCGGAGCGUCGGAAGUGGAUCCAUUGCUUUGAAAACGUGACCUCGCUCAUCUUCCUGGCCUCCCUCAGCGAGUACGACCAGGUCCUGGAGGAGAGAGAGACCAUCAAUCGCAUGCAGGAGAGUCUGGCCCUCUUCUACACCACCAUCCAUUCUGCCUGGUUCCACAACACCUCCAUCAUCCUCUUCCUCAACAAGACCGACAUCCUGGUAGACAAGAUCCGGACGUCAGAUCUGGGGAAAUACUUUGACAGUUUCACAGGUGAAAAGCAGAACGCUGAGCUAGCAAAGCAGUACAUCCUCAAAAUGUACGAGCAGCGUUCCAUGAACCAAGAAACUCGGGAGUGGAAGACCAUGUACCCGCACUUCACUUGUGCCACAGACACCAACAACAUCCGCAAGGUUUUCACCGACAUCAGAGACACGGUCCUGCUCAAGUCGCUAAGGGACUACGGAGUCCUCUGAGCUUUUACUCAGUGGCGUGAGGCAGAAGGAAACGUGACGCUUCCCCACAUUCAUCCUGCUCUCAGGACUAAAAACAGCGACUGAACACUUUUUCACAUGGAGAACUUUUUCCGUAUGAAAUCUUCUCCGACUGACAUGUUUUAUUGGUUUUUAACAGAGCAGCAGGGGGGAUUAUUUCUUCACUCACAUCUGAAUUUAAAAACAUGAAGAUCUGGAAUAAAAGCUGGAAUCACGUACUUUAAAUCACACCUGUGUUUAUUGGUAGGAUUGCUUUACAAAAUAAGCGUUUGGGUCAUAUGUUAUGCAUGUUGCUCUGUAAAUGACGCUGUAGUAGAGAUGCUAUGAAGUACAGCAUGACCAUUAGUGGUGGAGAUGGGGUCAUGCACUCCACUGCUGUAGUGCACACAUGAACUGCUGCAGGAGCAUCCACCAGUUACAGACAGAUAAAGUAGAAGCCUAUAAUAGUUCACAUUUUUCACCAAAAUGUGAACUAUUAGGACAGAUAUUUAUCAGGAUAAGCUGUUUUAUGCAGUCAUCUAUUAUCAAUCUUGGAAAUAUAAUGUAUCUCUACAACAAAGACUGUAGAGAUACAUGAAGCUGCUGCACUACACUGAAUUUGGCUGAUGAGUUUAUUGCUUAAUGUGUUAAAAACUACACUGUCAAGCUGCUCAGAUGAAUGUUUUUCCAAGCCUGUUUUGAGUUUUAAAAAGGCACUUAUUGAGUUUUUAUGCUUCUGAUUUCCAGUUUUAUUUGAGGUCUGACUUGCCAAUUCAAAUCUGAACCUAUUCUUCAAUAUCUUCUUUGCACUUAAAAGAAAAAUGAAGAAAUGGCAAAAAUGCGUGCCAAAGUACAUGUUUUGGUUGAUGCAUUUGGAGACUGAACAUGAUGGGAUUUUAUGUUUUUGAAGCAUUUAAUGAAUAGCAGGAAGAAAAGACUGAUUUUUCAGUAUUUGUUGUAUCAGAGGGAAAUCAGCUGAAUUCAACUUUGGGGAUUGAUUGGUGCAUCUGUGGUUUUUAGUGCUUUUCUGACAGAGGAGAAACGCUAUGUGGACACAAUUUUUUAGGAGGGAUAUAUAGUUGACUUAUGCAGAGGUCUGCAGACUUAUCUGUAAACCUGCAAAGGACGUGUACAAACUCUUAAAUUAUAUACAUAUCUAAGAAAAUGUAUCAUCCUGCAACUGAAAACUUCUGUUUUUUUACUGUUUUUGGUGACAAACACUCCAAGUGAGUCAUUGAGUUGAUUUAUGGAGAAGCAUCUCAACCCCACUGUUGAGCAUGGUGGAUAAUCUGUGAUGCUGUGGGCUCAGAAGAAGCUUGAUGUCUGAAAAUCUGGUGGACUUUGCCUGAAAUCUGUAUACUUUUCAUCAUUUGCUGGGAACACUCAAUGUUAUCUACUAUGCUUAUGCUUUUUCAUUUUAUGGGCAGGUACAGUAUGUUUUAUCUCAGUGUUGCCAAUUCAUUAUUGCUGCUUGGAGGUGCAAAAAAGCCUCCAAUCUGUUAAUCCAAGCUUUCAAAUAUCUUUUUGGGUAUUUUUUAUGUAAAUAACAGAGAGAAAGAGAAAUGUAAAAGUCUUUCAGUGGCUGAAAUAUGAAGUGGUGUCCUUCUUAGAAAGGUCAGAUAAUUGUACUCUCAUACUUUAAUAACAUUAAAGGCUAAAUUAAACAAAGGCUGAUUAAAGUGUAAUAAUAACUCAGCCUCAAAUCGAUUUAAAUUGUGAGUUCUUCCUCUGUCUUGUAUCAAAUUCAUGAGUCCAAAAGGCAUAAAGAAAUUUCUUUAAAAUCAUAAAACUAACUGACCUGAAUGUAAAGCUCAUUGGAGCAGAGCAUUAAUUUCCAUGCUUCUGAUUCUUUACCAUGCAUUUGAUACAAAUAUGGACGCCUUCUGUACAUGACUACUGUUCUUGAUUCUUUGUAAGUCUUGAAUUUGUAAUAAUUGUUUACCUGCUGGACAUAGACUGUGACCAGAGAGUGUCAGUGAAUGAUCUGCCCCCUUUGGAGGCAGUAAAACCUUUGUGUAGAGUCUGGUGGAGGAAGAAUAAAAACAUGUUUUUAUAGUUAAUAUUAAAGAGAAAAUCUUAACA